AAGAGGUGUUUGACCUUUUGUCUACAAUAGUUGGAGAGGACUCUAUAAGGAAGAGGUGUUUGACCUUGAAGCCAACACUAUAGUUAGCUGAGGACUCAAUAAGAAGAUCGAGGUCCCUGACCCUGAAGCCAAUAAUAGUUGGUUGAGGACUCAAUAAGGAAGAGCUUGAAGAAGUGCCUGACCCUGAAGCCUUCAAUCUCCACUGAGCCUGAGGUUGUGGUGUGUGUACAUGUGUAGAUAAGUAGAUUAGCUAAGCUAUUAGAGUAAAACUGAAAUGGAAACACCUUUUUCCAGCGGCAGAAUCAAACCUCUCUGCUUAUUUCUAUCCGUCUAGGCAUGCGCAAACCCAUCAGAAAUUAAAAUUAAUGUACGCAGGUCGGGAUGUUGAACGUAAGCCAAAGAAAGGGGCUCAUGCAGUCAAAAGUGACUGAUACUAUUCUUGAAAAGCCUAGUAUGACGUAAAAAUGGACAAUUAUUUGCAUGAAAUACAUUUCCAAGAAUGCUUAUCAAUACUUGCCGCUGUACGUUUUAGCAUUGAAAAUGAAUCAACUGGCCAGAAUUGUUUUGUAAAUCUAAAGGCCACCAUAGGCAACAAAUUGCCUGAAAGUUGCCUGUGUAUGAUGGCCAACUACUUGUUAAGAUACUUUUACCAUAAUUAUAAAAGCAUAGAAAUAACUUGGCAAAUCUAUAGAUAAUGUGUAGUCUGCAUGAUGUCAUAAUUAAAUUAGCUGUAGACAAAUUGAGAGCUAGCUAGCUAUAUAUAAAUUAUGAGAUGUCUGUUGUCCCUUAUAUAAUUAUAGAGAUGUCUGUUGACCCAACAUUGACUGUAGAUGCAGUUACAAAUGUAAUUGUCCAAGCUAAAUACCCUCAAAUUCUUGGACUUUAUCUACCAGGCCUCAAAAAAGAGUUACUACAGAUAAUAGAACAAGAAAAUUGUCAUAACCAACUUCAGUUAGCACGGAAGAUCUCAAAAGCAUGGAUCAACAACAGAAUUGAAGAAGCAACAUGGGAAAAAUUGAUCAUAGCCCUCGAGGUUGGCAUUGUUGGUGAAAACUACCUUGCCGAACAGGUUCGUAGUGACAUCCAUAUCCGAAGAGAUUCUACCACAUCAACAGGGUCGUCGCUUACAAAUUCUUUUGCCUCUUUAAGUACUGGCUCUGAUCUUUUUAGCUCUGAGAAUGAAGAAUCAUUGACUGAUGCUAAAUGUAAAGCUGUUCAAGUGUACGCAAAAAACCACAUUCUUAGUGGUAUCAAACGAUCAUUUAAACAAUUGACAAACCAAAUUGCAGCAAAUCUUGAAUCGAAAAAUAUCACUGUUAGUAUGGUUAAAUCCAAUAUUGUUGUUGAUAAAUGCCCUCACUUUUACUCACGAACCAAACAUGUUCGAAAAAUAAGAGAUCUAUUCAUAUUCUUUGAAGUAAAAAAGCUCUGGAGCUACGACCAUUACGAUCUUGUUGGACAGGUUAUUGCUAUAGUGGUUGACGAAACGAUGCAGAAAUUGCUAGAUGCGUACAUCAAGAAACUGAAUGGUUACCAGGUAGCACAAGAAUUAGCAAGCAAGUUACCUUACUACCUUGAUAAAGAGUAUCCUGAAUGGCUAGAAGAAAAAUUUGAGUCUCCAUUUUGCAAUGACCUUCGACGAAAACUUCGUGUAUGUGUGAAUAUCAGCAAUGAAUCUUUGCAGUUUGUUGGUAAACUGUGGGAUAACAUACGGAAACGAUAUAGCAUUCCUUGUCUAACAGCUCUUCUGUACAGCAUUGUGUUUGGGUCUCUGGAGAUUACGUGGCUAAUUCAGCCAAGCUCGGCUUGUUGUAUACUGAGUGAGUUAUUUGCUUCUGCUACUUUCUUAGAAGAGCAUCUAAUCAUGAAUGUAACCCUUGAUGAUGAAUGCAUCUAUGAUGAGCACAGUGGAUUUGCCAAUAGCAAGGUAAUAUGCUCUUUGUGGAUGAAGCAAGCCAUUUUAAGUGGUCGAAUUGAAAAGCUUCGCCAAGUACUUGCUCAGCCUGAUGUGGAUAUGAAUGAAACCCUCACUGAGGAUGGAGAAACACCCCUCAUCAUCGCAUCUCAAUGUGGACACGAGGACCUAGUAUCCUUCCUCAUUGAAGCUGGAGCUGACACAACUGUUACAUUGGCCAAUGGGGAAACAGCGUUACACAUUGCUGUAAAUGAAGUUUUUCCUUCAAUUGCUGUUCUAUUGCACAGAGAGAACAGUGAACUGAUCGGGUUGCUUGAUAAUGCAGGUUUCUCUCCCUUGAUGAAGGCAGCUGCAAAAAACCAAAUCGAAGUGAUUGAGGCGGUUGUUAAAGCUAAACUCGAACAGUGUGGUGCAGACUCAAAAAGCAUUGACAUUCCUACCUUGGGUAACGCUUUUUUCGUUGCUCUAAAAGAAGGGCAUUACGAAACGGUCAAGAUUCUUCACAGAUAUGGAGCCACCACUUUUAACACUGCUGAGGAGGGGGAAAGUUCACUGGUGGUAGCGGCUGGUGCUGGGCACACUCAAGUUGUGGAAUAUUUCCUAGAAAUUGACCAAGAAAUGAAUCCUGAUACUCUAAAUUUUGAAGAAAAGUCAGCCGCUCUUUUCUUGGCCAUAGAAGGGAAACACUUCGAAAUUGUCGACAUACUCUUACGGAGUAAGUUCAAGAAGGAUAUUAUCGACAGUAAACAUAGUGAUGGAAUGACUCCUCUUGUGUUGGCUGUCUUGAAGCAGUCCCCAAAGUUGGUAGAUAUGCUUAUGACAGCUGGAGCAGAUUUAAACCUAGCAAACAGAGAUGGCAUGACACCGCUGAUGCUAGCUGCUGAGGCUGGACAGGUAGACAGUGUGAGACUACUGGUGGAGAAAGGUGCAGAGGUCACUCUACCACAUGAGCUGAGUGGUAAAACAGCUCUCCACUUUGCCUCUGAGAAUGGUCACACUGACGUGGUGGAGCUCCUGGCUCAGCCAGAGCACCAAGCCUUGGCCAGCAAAGUCAAGGUUUUCUUAGUCAAGGCAUCAUCAUCUUUUGUCGAGCCUGAGAAUAUGGAGUAUGACAGUUUGCAGUACAUUGAAAAUAUCAGUUCAGAAAUCCCACCUAAAUCUUUAAAUUAUGUUCGAGUGUGCUUUUUGCUGGCUGCCAUUCUACCACAAAAUGCAAUGAAAUCAGUCCUGAACGGUGAGAAUCUCAUCAGUCAAAUCUACUAUGAAACUCUCAAAGAUAAGGAAGGAGGUCUUGCGAAGUUUUGGUAUGUUUUAAAUGAGACCCAAGUUUGCCCUGCUGAUCGGCUUGCAGACCUGAAAAAAUAUGUUACUAAAACGUACUUCGUGCCUGCUUUGCUUACACCAAUGGUUCACCUUCGUUCAAUGAUUCUGAAGAUAGUGGAUGCUAUUGCAAACGAUGAAGCCAUAGCAACCUGUAUUAUCAAUACAGCAGGAGAUACUUUUAAUCCUCGCACAACUCUCAACACUCUAUCAAAGCCAUUAGACAACAAGAACUACACUGUUCCUUUGCUUGAGUUUUUUGAAUUAGCAGAGAAGCAAUUGGAUCUUGAACCAGACAACCUUGAAAAUCUUCGUCUAUGGCUAAGCGAUGCUGGAUGCAAGAGGGUCAUAAGAGACUAUCUGGAUAUCUUUGACCCUACAAAGGAAAUCAGGAUUUUAAGUGCUAGGCACAGACAGUGGCAUUCACUACGCACAGACAGUGGUAUUGGAAGCGUAGAAGAAGACGCACGACCAGACAAAGGAGAGAGUGAGCUGGUCCCAGGGAAGAACAUAAAUGUUAUAUAAUUAAACAUCAUCAAGAAAAUACACAACAAUUAAGCUGCAUGUGUUGUUCACACAAUCCACAUGUCCCCACCCACCCACAAACAAAUGUAGCUAGUUCUAGUGUUAAUAGUUGUUUAUAU